AUGGCUCUCUUCGUAGAUGCCAUUGUCAAGACACUGACGCGCGGACGGGUGCUCUGGAGUGCCGGUCAAGACGGCUCGGUGCGCUGGUGGGGCGGCAAGUCCCCAAAAGGGCCCGUGUCGCAUCUCGAGAUGGACGAGUCGGUCGUCGUGGCCGCGUAUGGCGCCAAGGGCAUGCAGGCAUGGGACGUGCGCACGCAGCAGCCGCUCACGACCUUUGGCGCCACCGACGGCGUCGCGUCCGUGAUCUUUGACAAGCGCAAGCUCGUGAGUCUCUCGCCACAGGGCGUUGUCCAUGUCUGGCGCUGGUUUGGCUUGUAUCCGGUGCACUCGAUGCCACGCCACCACGUGUACACGGCGAUCGCGCACGACGAACGCCACCUCGUGCUGGGUACUGCGGAGGGCGCUGCCGUGGUCUACCGCAUGGAAGGCAUCCCGUCCAAGAAGCCGCCGGGUGCCCUCUACGACUACUAG